AAUACGACUGCCGAAGAUAUCAAUCGGGUCGGUGUAGCGCGGUAGCUGACACAGUGUAAAUUAUAUCCUGGUAGGAUGGUCGGUGGCCUCUCUAUAUAUGAUAAGCUGACUGCUCGGAAUAGUUUAAAGUAAUUCAUUGUUUUAAUUGUUCGAAGAGUUAAGAGAGAAAAAUAAAAGGGAUAUAUACAAUACUGUUUUGUAUUGCCAUUAAACAGACUACCAAGAAAAAUGUCGGAAAGUCACGUAAAGACCACGCUGGCCAUGAUACAGGAGCGUAGAAAGAUCAAGGACACGGUGAUCUUAAACGGGAGACAACUCUCUAUACCCGAGGUUCUCGGCCUUAGUGCCGACAGCGGGGUCAAGGUCGUUCUGGCCGAGGACGCUUUAAAUGAAAUGGUUUCAAACCAAAAAUACCUUAAAGAGAAAUUGGACGAAGGGCUUAUUGUGUACGGUAUAAAUACAGGUUUUGGCGGGAGCGCAGAAGUAAGGUCAUGUAAAUUAGAUGAUGUACAAACAGCCUUAAUUCGGCACGUGAAUGCUGGAAUGGGUCGAGUAUUUCCCGUGCAUUUGACACGCGCUGCCAUGGUGACGCGUGCGAACUGUCUGGCGAAAGGAUACUCCGGCGUGCGGCCUGACGUGCCCCAGGUGCUGGUGGAGUUGAUAAAUCACGACAUAACGCCCCGAGUCCCACUAAGAGGCUCGGUGAGCGCCAGCGGGGACCUGAUGCCUCUUGGUUACAUCGCAGCGGCUAUGAUUGGCCGUGCGGAUUUACAGGUCGUCCACGCUGGAGUUCAAACAACGUGUCCUAAAGCGCUCGAAGCGGUCCGAAUUACGCCAAUUACCCUGGGGCCUAAAGAAGGACUGGCUAUUAUCAAUGCGGAUUCAUUCGCUGCGGGUGUUUCCGCGCCAACUCUGUAUGACGCCAAUCUUAUGCUACUCCUAACUCAAGUGUGCACAGGAAUGUCAGUGGAAGCUCUUCACGGGAGAACGGAAAGUUUUCACCCUCUGAUUCAUGAGUGCCUACCACAUCUCGGCCAAAAGGAAAUCGCUCGCAAUAUGCUACGCGUACUUGAAGACAGCCAGUUGGCGAUUACCACUCUAGACAUGCAUCUUCCAGACAAGUAUGGCGUCCUGAAGCAGGACAGAUACAGUCUGAGGAGCUCGCCACAGUGGCUUGGGUCCGUCGCCGAGACUCUUGUCGAUGCUUGUAGGCGUAUCACCAUUGAGCUGAAUAGUGCCAAUGAUAACCCCAUCAUUGACCAUCGAACAAACACAAUUGCCCACGGAGCAAAUUUCCAAGGAGAAACCAUGUCAAUCGCCAUGGAUCAGACCAGACAAGUGAUGGGUGUGUGUGGGAAACUGCUCCUAGCUCAAUUUCAAGAAGUUGUGAACGGAAAACUGAACUUUGGACUACCUCCAAAUCUCAGCGGAUGUGAUAUAAAUCUCGACUUUGGAUUCAAAGGCUGCGAUACAGCGAUGGCUUCGUACAUGUCGGAGCUCGACCACUUUGUGAACCCCAUGAGCAACCACGUGAUAAGCGCUGAGACACACAACCAGUCUGUUAAUUCGAUGGCAUUGGUAAGCGCGCGGCUGACGGCGGAGGCGGUUGAGAUCGUACAGAUGAUGGUGACUAACCUGUUAUGUCUGACCGCCCAGGCCGUGGACCUACGGCUCCUAAGGAAUCUCGCCAUGGAGGAGGCCGAUAAGCUCCGGGAACAGUACCCGGAGGCCACCAAUCUGUUAGAGAAGACGGAGUGGUACGAUCUUAUGUUCAUGUGCGACGAACGGAUAGCGGCUCUCAAGGAAGCCUCGGGAAUGCAGGGGACGAAGGCUGCUGCGGAAAUGGUUGUGUAUGAACGGAUGCGAAACCUCUACAAACGGGCAUGUAACGGAGAAAUGGAUGCAUCGAAAUACAUGGGAAAAGGUACUAGCCGAAUGUACAACUUUAUUCGGAAGGAGCUGGACAUUCCGUUCUACUGCGGGCAACCGGCUAUCGACACGUGGCUGGGACGAAUUUUACAAGCCAUACAGAGCCGCUCAGUGGAGAACGUCCUCCUUGACAUUUUUACUUCUGUCUCGCCACCAUCCAGACAGAACAGCCAAACCGCUUAAAUUCAUCCCUUAAAAUAUUAAUAUUAUGUAAAAGCAAGGGUUUCCCUGAACUGAAAGCUCACUUAACGUUAACAGUAAUUUUUGUUUCGCUUUUACUAGACAGAGAACUAAUGACCUUAAGAGACCAGAACAUAUAUGUUUAUUCGAAAAUAUGUCCUUAAACUCGUACAAUAUUUUGUCAACAUUCACAAGGUCGUUGGUUGAUUAAUUAUUAAGGUGUCAACAAGAUAGACUGUCUUUCAGGGAAAUCCGGUUGGUUUUAUUUAUGUUUAUGUUAAUAUAUAUAACUGCGUUUUUUUAUUUUGAAAUAUCUUGAUUACAUGCCCUAUCGAUCUUUUAUGGUGUGACAUCAAAUACUGUGACCUCAAGUAGGGUUAUUUCAAGAAUCAUAGCGUCUUUUAAGGCAAACCUGGACAAGAGAUCAACUUAGGGAGUAGAUCUCUCGACUACCUGAUUUUUUUUUCGAGCGAACUAUUUUCGCAUUUAUUGAAUGACAUUUUUCAAGUUUGUUCAUCAGAUUUCUGUACAAACAUAAUUUAUUAUUUAUUUUUUUACUGUUUAUCUAACU